AUGGCGCGGCGGGAGGUGGCCGCGGCGGCGGCCGUGGAGGAGUACGCGGAGUACCGCAGAAUCGUAGGUGAUGAUGAUGGAGGAAAGCUCUUUACUCCAGAGGAAUACGAAGAAUACAAAAGAAAAGUAUUACCAAUUCGAUUAAAGAACAGGUUGUAUGUGAGCUGGAGAUCACCGACUGGCAUGGACUGUAAACUUGUGGGGCCAGAGACACUGUGCUUUUGUACCCAUCGAUACAAACAACACAAAACAGACUAUGAAGUGAUUCCAAAAGAUCGUCCUAUUUGUGUGCCUUGUAGAGUAAGCCGUUGUCAGUGCCAGUCAUAUCACUAUGUUCCUCUGAAUGGCACACAGCCCAUUCGUUGUAGAUGCAAACAUUUUGCUGAUCAACACAGUGCAGCACCUGGAUUUUCCUGUAACUCUUGUUCCAAAUGCUUGGGAUUUCAUAGUAGCUUUACCUGUGGAUGUGGUCAGCCAACAUAUGCCCAUGAAACAGUAGUAGAAACUAAAGAAGAGCGAUUAGCCCAAAGAAGGCCUGUGGGGCAGGAUGUUCCUUAUGCUGCUAUGGGAGGAUUGACUGGUUUUAGUUCACUAGCAGAAGGCUACAUGAGACUUGAUGACAGUGGAAUAGGGGCUCCUUCCGCUGAAUUUUUAGAAACUUCUCUUGCCAACAUGGAUCAUCCAUUCCUAAGAGCAUUUGAAAGACCUUCUACUUCUGCUCAAACCAGCUCACUGAUAACAGGUGGUUCUAAUGCUACAAUGCAAGUAUCUCCUGAAAGGCGUUCAGAAGAUGAUGACAUGGCUUAUUUUGAAAAACGUUAUCAGGAAAGGCUGAAAAAGGAGAAGGCUGCUAAACAGAAAGAGAAAAGCCCAGUGCAGUCAAAGAAGCCAUGAGAUUAAUGAAAACAUUAUUAUAUAGCAGAGUACGAUUUAUCAUUAUAUUGAAGUGUAUUUCUCAAUGUAAUUGUUUGCAUACUUUCAUUUCUUCAUUUCUU